AUGGCCACCGCGCCAGCCGAAGCCGAAGUGAAGGCCACAGUAGUCCGGUAUCUCGCCUCGAAGAACGUGCCACCAACGCAAGCAUGGUUGCGAGAUUUCAUGCCGAGUAUCAGACUCAACACUCCCAUGGUGGCUCUACAGAAAACCGCUCUCUUCAGGAUUCUGUCAACAGAUCUCACCGUUGCCGUUCAGCCACCCUCGCCGAACGCACUCUUCCCGGCCAAUGUUGCAAGUCCAGAAGUCAAAGAUCGAAAGCUCAAUGGCCAAAUCACCGUCCAAGUCCUCGACAUUGAGGAUAUCGGGCACAGCUGCUGGUCUCAAGUCGAGAAUCUUGAAGCCAUCGAACGUGGAGAGAUGACCAAAGGACGAGAGGUUAUCCGGGUCGUUGAUGACGAGUUGAACACCGACCAGAACCGCACACCGGCCAACAACCCAUCAAUAUCUUCGGGACCUCACAAGUUGCUUAUACAGGAUGCGAAAGGCACCAAAGCGUUUGCUUUCGAGUCAGAAUUUGUCACUGGCAUUGGCGUGUCGCAAUUAUCAAUUGGUGGCAAGCUUGUGCUGAACGAUGCCCUUGUGGCGAGGGGCGUUAUCAUGCUUGAUCGGAGGGCAGUGGAGGUUCUGGGUGGUAAGGUCGAGGCGUGGGACAAGAAGUGGAGGGCUGACCGGAAGGAAAGCUUGAAACGCAAGGCUGGAGUGACGGACGGUGCUGGAGGAGGGACUUGA